AAUAAUAGGAAGUAAAAAUUAUUCAAACCGCAGUAACAGUAAAGAAGUAUCAUGGAUGAGCGAGUAAAAAGCUAAUUUUGACCGAUACAAACCCAAUUAAAAACUGAGAUUUUAAAAACAAAGCCACUCUUCCGAAUGGCUUUCCAGCAGGACCGGACAGAUUCUGUGCCACUGAAGACCAUGUAUGACCACUACUCAGUGUAGUGAUUCCGACUUACAACGACAAACUGGACUUAUUAUGGUUGGUUUAUUCCAGUACUUUGUGCCGGUUUGGAAUCUUAUUGAUACUCCGCAUCGUUGGAGUAAAACUCGUGCGCCUGUAGCAGCCGCAAGGGUCGUGUGAAAUAUAGAGGGCGCACUCCCUAAGCCACGCGGUAGCGCGCGGUACAUACUACAUGUACAUAAUUAAAACAAGUAUAGUGUCACUAGAAGAACUUUGUAUCAGCUGGAGGUGAUGUCACCCAUCACGGAGGAAUGAAAGUACACAUUCUUUCAUGGUUGUAUCCUCCAAACUAAUUCAUCCGGGGAAUUUACACUGAGAAACACUACUGAGGACACAGUGACACUGGAUUUAAACUACAGUCUGACUACAUGUAGGCAAAAGUGCAUCAAAAAACAACCGGAAAGUGACAGAAACAGUGUUGUUCAAAACUUUGGUUUUAUUGUUAACUUCAUCACCCCGCAAAUGUGCAAGCGAUAAUCUGAAGAAUUUUGACAAUCAUGGGGAAUCACUUAUUCACGAACAAGUGUGUGCAAUUCAGUGAAUAUUCACUGAAGUCCUCUGUCAUUUCUUAUGGCAUUUGGCAAAGUGUACGUGUGUUUGCUACCAGAACCAACACUCUCAUGUCAUCAUGUACAUUUUGUAUGCUAAAGAGAAGGAAGUGUACUUUGUAUUUGUGGAAUAUCAAAAAGCCGUACAGUAGUGACAUCAAGUCCAACAUGGACAAUGAGCUAGUGAGGUCAGAAGAAGCCAACAGGUUUCUUAACAGCAAACACGAAUGUAACAAAAUGGAUUCUGGAAAGAACACCUCUAAGCAUGAACCUGUCUCUAUCAAUAAUGGAUAUGAUCAAAGUACAUGUCAUUCAGUGAAAGAUAAUUUGGAUGCUGCUGCUAAUGUGGCAAGUACAGAAACUGAGCAUCUUGACUUUAGAUUGGGUGAAGGGCAUGAUGCAAUCGCAGAAGCAGCUAGUGAUGAGAGCUGUGACAACAACUUGGGCAGAAGUGGAGAUCUGCUGCAAAACACAGACUUAAGUGUAGCUGGACUCGGAAGUAGGAAAACUGUGAGGCAGUAUACAUGUUCUAAGAAGAGGAGUCAAUUAAGAAGAAAUGAGACUUUGACACCACCUCCCGGUGCAGAUAUUUUAUAUGGGAUAUCACCUUGUUUGUUGGCUCUUGAAGCAAGGAGAAGACAAGUGAACAAGGUGUAUGUUACUCCUAGUUUUGUGAAGUCAACAAGACCUGAAGCUCAAGAGAUCAUGAAGAGGAUACAUGAGCAAGCUCUUAGAGGUCAUACUUAUGAAGUUCAUAGGAAAGAGCUGGACUUGUUGACUAAGAGAAGACCUCAUCAGGGUAUUUGUUUGGAAACAAGUCGGAUUCACUUUGAGCCACUGCCAGAGGACUUAAACAAUGACGAUGAGAAGUUGCAACAUCCACCGGUAUACUUAGCCAUGGAUCAGAUUCUGGAUCCCAUGAAUAUGGGUGCAAUUAUAAGGUCAGCAUACUACUUGGGUGUGGAUAAAAUCAUAGCAAGCAAGCAGCAUUGUUGUUCGUUGACUCCAGUUGUCAGUAAGGCUAGUAGUGGGGUCAUGGAAGUCAUGCCAGUCUAUGCUACCAGGAGUAUACUGACAUUUAUUCAGAAACAGAAAGAUAAUGGCUGGGAGAUUGCUGGUUCUACUAGUGCUUCUGGUAAUGGACACUUCAAACAUACAAUGAAUGUGUGUGGUGCUGCAAGCUUCCUACUCAACAAACCAACUGUUUUAGUUAUUGGAGGGGAAGGCAGUGGUUUAUCCGACAGCAUUCAGAAUGAAUGUUGUCAACUGUUGACAAUACCAGCUGGCAGGCAGUUACAUGCAGGUAUUGAUUCCCUCAAUGUCUCUGUUGCAACAGGUAUUCUCCUCCAGUCAAUUCUUCUACAAAGAAGUCCACAGCCCAGUAGACCAUGACCCAGCACUUAUUCAUAUAACCAGGAUUGGAACAGACAAAGUUGAGUUAGCCAUUCUUGAGGAUGUGUUUUACUGAGGAAGAUUGUUAUAUUUGACUUUAGGGACAGAUUAAAUAAAUAAUUUAUUUAAAAAUGUAACUGAAUGGACUUUUGUGUUGGAUGAUUCACAAUAGGGCGCCUCCAAGAGUUUGCAAUGUGUUUGUCGAUCACAAUGUGGAAAUCUCUUGACCCUUUCCAAAUGUGCAUUGGGUAGACAGAUUUGAUGCAUUAUGAUUGGCCAGUGGGUUGCAAACUCUUGGAGGCGCACUAAUGUGAGAUGCCUGUAUUAUUUAUAUAUUAGCCUGCCGUUUGUAGCUUCCUAAAUAAUUAUCAACAUCCAGCUUACUGUGCAUACAUUCUAACUCUGAGUGCUUAUAGGCUGCAGUGGAGUGUGUUACUCGUGUUAAUUAAUAUGAGUGUACUCCUGACCUGCAUGUAAGCAAGGGAACACUCUCAACUGGGGCAGAAGUGUCAGCCCUUGAGUUGAAGUGCACCCUCAGCGGCAAGGGAGAGACAGGCUGAAGAAGUAAGAUGUUUGUCAGUUGGGCUUCUGCACACACACUGACUGUACAUUCAAGCAGAGCAUGUGUAGCAUGUCUUACGCCAAACAUGUAUGAACUUGUGCACACAUGGGGUACGUUCCCACCAAAGGACUGUUGUUGCUAUUUAAAACCAUGCCCUCUCGUGUUUCUACUUGGUGUAGAUAAUCAUGCAUCUUAUGAUUACAUCAAAAUGGCAUAAAGGUAGCCGUUCAUCAUGGUGUGAACUUGGAGUUAUGUGUAUGCAAGAGCCACCAAAUGUUGCCCUUGCCCAACCGACCCAAAUAUCUCUGGAUGGCUUUUUUUUGUUGUAUACUAUUAUGCCACUUUAAAUUGAGGAUUUAAUGUAUAAGUAUUUAACUUCAAAAAUCCUUGUAUAUUAAAACUUCAUGUCAGCCAAGAUUUAUAUGGGUCUUAUAAACUAUGAACAUUGAUUUAAUUUCAAGAAGUAAGGACAGCUGAAUCCACGCCCAGAUUAUUUUAUGACACUGAUAUGCCUUGACUUUUCUCAUUGACAUCAAAUUAAGUAUGGUAGUGAGUGUGCCAUUGAUUCAAAGAAGGUGUUGGUGACAAAUUGAUGGCUGCCAUGGUGAGGCCUAAUGUUUUGUUUCUUUAAGAGUUUUAUUGUUUUUUAUUAAUGCCUUUCAUAUCUCACUAACCAUUCCUCACUGACUUCUUGGCAGCUGUGACAACUUUGUUUACUUGCUUUUUGGAGACCCUUCUUUGACAUCAUGUCAACAAGUUCUGUUUUAAAGACUGUCACUUGUGAUCCGCUAUAGCUGUGAACUCAGCAUGCUGAAACCAUAUGAGAUGAUGGUGAUUUAACGGACUGUCCACAACCUCAGAGAAUGUGUGAUAUUUGAUGAUGCUUCUUCAAUCUCAAGUACUGCUUCCUUCUGGCUGUUAAGCAGGAUGGCUCUGCAGGUAGAGAUUCAUUACUUGUUGCACAUGUGGCUUGAACAGCACAAAUUGACAGUGUCUCGAGGUCUAGGCAUUGUCUCUCCCUAAGACAUUCUUGUUGCUGUCUUGUGCUUUCUAUUCAGGAUACUCAUCUCUGCUUUUAGUUGUACUCUUCAUGGUGCUCUAGUCUUUGUCUUUGCUUUCUGUCGUUUCUUUUGUUAUCUUUAUCUUCUUUCCUGGUUUGCUCCUUGUUUUACUUUCAUUUCUUUUUUCCUUUCCAGCAUGAAAGUGCUUCCUUCUUUGCCUUGCUCAUCUCUAUCAUCUUUGUCUAGCCAGACAAUUGGGUGGAAGUUUUUCUACUUUAUGUCAUCUCAGAUCUUUAGACUUGGCUGCAAAUUCUUUUGGCAUGAUAUUUUCAAUAUUUCCAUGAAGUUUCUGUUUGCUUUUUUUCUGUUGCUCCCAAACUUUUGUUUUGGUUACCCACUGUUUGAGUUUAGAGGUCUUCUUAAGUUUUGCAUUCACUUUUUUCCUGUGCUGGUAGAAUUGCACGUUGUGUCAUGCAUUGGCUAAUGGCUAUCCAUUCCAUAAGAUAAUAACGGUUCCUUUUCAGUCAGUGAGGAUUGAUGUGUGCAUCAUAGAGUAGGUAUACUGGCCAGUUCUUGAAAGGUAUUGUUUGCUACAUAGUACAUACUCAGCAAGUGUAGCCUGGAGGGGCACCAGGGCUGCAAGGGCUUCCUGUGCCUUUCUUCUGUUGCCUCCUUACCCAUAUUCUCAGCAGCAUCAACCCCUUUUUGGAUGGUGUCCCUCCACUUUGAGCGAUCGUGAACCAGCUCCUCGCACAUAGAUGGGGCAAUUUUAUCACCCUACACACAUAUGCAAGCUGUAUCAAGUACGCCUGACAUAUCACGGUCGUAUUUUUAUUGGUUGUGAAUUGAUCACGUGAUACUGAACAAGCAUUUGUGUAUCAUUUAUGAUCGAGUGCAUUGGCGAUUUUGCCGUGCUACAAAAAAUGAUGGAUAACGGUGAUCUUUCUAACAGUUGAUAUGUCAAAUUCACUGGGUUGAAAUUGUGUAACCUUGGGUAUGAGGAUGGAGAGCCAUGCUGGUACUGUGCUUUGAUUAUUGUAGAUGUGCUGAGUGGAGGAUACCGUAUGUGUUAUUCCAUACUCUGACCAGAGACCCGUUGGCUAUUAGACUUUGGUUUCUGUGCCUAGCUAUGUCCAUGGAACAUGAGUAACAUGCUGUUUCUGUUGUGACUGCCUUUGUUUCUUUAAACACUCAUGUUGUCUCUUAUCUGCUCGCCAAUCUUGCCUAUAUUUUUCAAUGGGAAUUUUGUGUAAAUGUCUUGAAUUCAAUCAGUAAACAAAACCCCUGUGCUUUAUGAAUCUUCAAACCAGUUUGUUGUUAAUCCUAGAUCUCUCUCUUUCAAAAACAAAAAACAAACCCCCCGGCUCAACAGAGGACACCACAAUCAAUUGAAAUUUUGCUUGUAAUUUGAUAUUCAUUAUGCUGUUCUAGUGUUUAAAUUUGUCAAAGUGUUUCAUUUAUACUGCAAUAAAAUCUGUGUAUAUUACACAUAGAAGACCGUUCCAGUGUAAUUUAUGACCAUGUUAUAACAAAACAAUUGUUGCCUGCUGUGAGGGGGUCCGUGGGUUUUGUAUACCCUCAGGGGCAAAUGAUACCCACGACUUUGCCUCGAGUGCCAUUUGCCCCUACUCAGUAGGCAAGAUUUGUUAAGUGAUAUGACUUAACACUUAGGCUGUAUACCUGUACCUGGCCAUCACUUGAAAUUACGUGCCAGUCUAUGGCCAGUAUUGUAAGUGGCUGCAUUCUGUGACACUACCAUAGACACAUUUAGUUUUGGACAAGACCACAAUUCAUGUUCUGAAAGAUAUCAACAUUCACUUUCAUGAAACUAUUUCCAUUAGUCACUCGGCAAAUGGAAUGAUUACUUUACUAUCAAUUAAAGUCAAUGUGAGAAUUCAACCUUCAAUUGUAUGCACAAACAUGUAUACAUAUUUACACAGAGCAACCUGGGUACUGUAAGCCCUGUAGGUAUCCGCACCAAGUGGGAACAAGAGAGGGUGUUUACAUUGCAGUGAUGGUCCAUUGGUGGGAACUCAUCACUGCAUGCUCACGUUCAGGUGCCUAAGGCACAGAACAUACGGAGUACACAAAAGUAAAUUUUGUUGGAAUGUAAUUCCAACAAAAUUUAAUUUCCACAUGCAUGCCCAAUGCGUACAAGAGCCCAUUUGAAAAACGUCUCACUGGCCUGUCUUAUAUUACUUGCCAGUAAUGAUGCACUUCAACUCAGGUCAUUGUAUCAGGCAUAAAACAGUUCAAAGAAAAACUGUGUGUGAUGUUUGGAAUUGUGCAAAGUAGUAACAUCCUCAUUUGUCACAAGGAUGACUUCAUUGUGGAUGCAUGCAAUUACCUUACACAUGUAAAGGGUUACAUGAGGGUGUUGAAUAAUCUGCCAAGUAUCCAUGUCAUGCUGAUGCUGGAUGUUCAAGUGGGGUGCUUGUUUUUUCUUCUCCAAACUGUCCUCCAAGAAGGCAUCACAAGAUUAUGGGUUAUGGAUACAUGCCACUGACGCAACAAUGUUUAGAGGGAAUUGACCUGGGUUUUUUUUUGUGAAGGGGUCUUAAUGAGUGCGAGGAAAUCAGAAAUUCACGCUGGAAAAUGUUUCCUACAGAAUAAAUUCCAGUGAUUGAAUGAAAAUAUGAGUUUUCGUGUUUACUUUUAUACAACUGUUCUCAGCCAGAGAGCGCCAAUUUUGUCAAGUGUCCCAACCCAGUUAAAUCUAUUUCUUUUACGACAAACCAUGGACUUUAACCAUUGUAUUACUGGAAAACUUCUUAACAAAACCAUGUUUUUUUGCUGGGAAAUGUAUGCCAUUCUCUGAAAUGCAAGUUUGCAUGAGACACAGUUUUUUAAUGACUAAUUUUGUAUGAAAACCAGUCACAAAAGCGUAUUUUAUGAAAUUUCACGAUCACUCCCUGUGAUGAAAUAGCCCCUUUG